AUGGAAAUAAAUAAAUUGAAUGAAGUUAAUCCAGAUGAUUUAGAUGUUAUCUUUAGAGGAAUCUAAUUAUUUAUUGAUCAAAAAGAGAAUGAUUUAGAAACAACAAUAUCUCAAUUAGUUGAUAAAUACAAAUAUUAUUAACUUCAGGAUCAUGAUAAAAAGUUUUAAUUAUUUUGUUAAAUAAGCAGAUUAUUCCAUCGAUUCUAGAUUAGAGUAUCAGAGUUAAUUGAAAAGUGUAAAAAUUAAAAUGCCAUUAAUUAUGUAUUGAGCAUCAGAGAUAUACUUAAUUAUAAGGCAUAGAAUUUUGCUGUUAUACUUAAUAAAAUUCAUAAGAGGUGUGAGAUGCAAGCCCAUUAAUAAAAUGAAGACAAUCCAUAAAUUCAAAUGAAAAAAUCAGUUCCUUCAUGGCAGUUAAAUAGUUAAUAAAAUCGAACGUUGUUCUAAUUUUAUGAUAUUGAUUUUUGGAAACUUUAUGAUAUUAUGCUUCUUAAUAAGUAAGAAUUUACCUAAUUAGACAAUAUUGUUCAAAUCUUAUUGUUUAUCAUUAAUCAAAGAAUGAAAAUGUAGAAAGAUUAUUUCUAUCCAGUUUAGAAAGAAAUUAAAGAUUUCUAUAAUCCAAAACCUUACCAUUAAUGGAAAUAACAAUAUUAGCAGACAAAGCUAAGAAAUUAAAAUUUCUUUAACUUACUUAAACAAUGGAAACACCUUAUGCAAAUAAAAAUAUUACAAUGUUUGGCAAUUAGAGUCCAACCAAAAAAACUUAAAUUAGUGUUAAACAUUCUAUGUCGAUUAGUCCUUAAAGAACUUAAAGUAGAGACCCAUAAGAUUAAGAUAUAAGAAGUAUGUUUGAUACAGAAACAUGCAAUUUGUUUGAUAACAAUUACAGAGUUACUAGAGCAAAGAAUUUAUCUUUACAUAAUGACAAAAAUGUUGUUGGUUGUUCUACUUAAUUAAAAUAGAAAGGAAAAUCAAAAUUAUAGUAAGAGAAUUUUAGUCCUUAAAAAGGAUGUAAAAAUUAAAAUUGGAUGCUUCCAGAAAUUAAGUCUCCUUUUUCUUAAGAUUAAAAUGUUAUACAUACAAAUUAAUAAGAUUCUCUAAUCAAACCAAUACAAAUAUAUUAAAAUUAUGCUUUUACUUAAAGUCCUGAUAGAAGAUCUGCAAAGAAACCACCUCUAGGAUAAGAUCUCAAUAGUACUCUUUGUUAAUAAUUAUUACCAUAAUAUAGAAGUAAUAAUAGAGCAUUCUAAACAAUAAAAAGCUUUAUCCGUAAAUGAUUUUAAAUAAAUGUUAUUUAUUUCUAUAAUUUAUUUUUAAUUUACUCUUAUUCUUAUGACAUCUUUCUCAAAUUUUGAUGAGAAAACUUCACUUAUAAAUUAAUGUGUUAAGACUUUGCAAGUAGAAAGUUUAAUUUUUAUAAUUUUAGAUAGCUCCAUCUAGAAGAACAUAAAGUGAUUUAACUCUACUGUUACAAUUGGUUGAAGCUAUUACUUUUUUUAAAAAUCUUUAAUCUCAAAAUCCUGACAUAGUCCUCAAAUGUAUGUCAGUACUAAGUUACAAGACAGUAAAAAAAGAAGAAGUAAAAAAAAUUAUUUUCUAAUUUUUUAGAUAUUGUUUCAUGUUGGAGAUUAAGGAUCAUUAUUUUACAUAAUUCUUAAAGGAUCUGUUGGAGUUUUUAUAUUAUUACCAAGUCCUGAGGAUUCCAAAAAAUUUGAAUUAAAGGAAGUGAAUGUAUUAAAAGCUGGAAAUAGUUUUGGAGAAUUGGCUUUAUUGAAUGAUAAUGCAAAACGAACAGCAACAAUAAUAGCAAAAGAAGAUUGUAUACUUGCAGUUAUGGAGAAACAUCAUUUUAAAACAAUUUUAGGUGCUUAAGAAUAAUAAAAAGUUUAAGAUAGGAUAUCAUUUUUAUGUUCGGUAAUAAUGAAAUUUUAUUAUUCUUAAUUAUAGUUUCCAUUUCUAUAAUCGUGGUCAUUUAGAGAAAUAAAAACUAUUAGUUAUCAUUUUGAACCAAUUUAAGUAACAUUAAAUUAAGCAGUCAUCAAAUAAAAUGAUUACUGCUCCAAUUUUUAUAUAGUGAGAGAAGGGUACAAUAUCUAUUAUGUUAUUUAGAAAGUAAUUUCGAAGUAACAUAUACAUUAAAUGAUUCACACAAAUUAAAAGGAGUAUUCUCAAAUCAUAGCAUGUGAAUUUUAUAAAUAAAUUAUAGAUGUGUAUUAGGACCAGGAGAGUUUUUUGGAGAAGAAGCAUUUUUAAUGGAUGAUGGAAAGACUUUUAUAUUAAAACUCUUUAAUAUCUUUUCGGUAAGAUGGUCAAGAGUGAAAUGUUCUAUUAUUUGUAGAAGUCAGUGCGGUUAAAUAUUAAGAAUAAGUAGAGAAGACAUAAUUAAGUAUUUCAACUUUUUAAUUUUUAAAGGAGGUUUUGGGAUGAAAAAACACAAUCUGUUUUUAUAUCAUUAUUAUAAUCUAUUCAUCAAUUUAGAUUGAAUAAGAUGAGAUAUUAUGAAUAAAUGGCAGAUUAAAAAUAAAAAUAACUUAAUGGUUAAGAAGGGUUUGAUUAAUUUGUUAAACCUAUUUUUAAAGUAAAAGUAAAAAAUAAUUGUGCCUUAAUAAGGAAAGAAACUUAAAUGGAAAAAUCUGAUGCAGUAUUUGAUUUAAUUUUAUAUUAUAGGAAUAUUAAUUUUAUAAGAAAUAGGAAAAAAAAGCCUUUGAAUAGUUUAAGAAAUUAUUUAAGGAUAGAAAUUGUUCUUAUGCUUAAGUUAAAACAUUUUUUGAUUAAAAGACUAUAGGAUCAUAAAAUUAUAUUGAUAGAGAUACUUAUUUUAAAUUGUUUUUUAGAUUUCCUUCAUAAUUAAAGAACAGUGAGAUCUCAUAAAAUUUAAGUUAAUAGCAACCUAGUACUGCAAGAACUCAUUAUAGAUUAACUACUUAACCUAAGGAAGAACAUGAAAGAAGUGCUCAUUUUUCAACAAAAUAGAGAACACAACUUAUUUUGUAGAAGCUUAAAUUAAGUGAAGUAAUGCCAAAAAGCAAGACUUUUCAUAGUAGUAACAGUCCUUUAAGUAUUCAAAGACUUGAACUAAAAAGAUUUGGGACUUAGAGUUACUUAUAAAUGAAAUGA